AUGGUCCAGUCACGAUCCCCAGCACCUACCCAGCAAACGCAGCUGCAAAAGACAGAAAUUACGCUAGGGCAGAGAAUGAUCAGCGCGUGUCUCGGUUCGAUCAUCACCUCGGGUGUGGUUACUCCGUUUGACGUGAUCAGAAUCCGGAUUCAACAGCAGGAGGUGCUUCCCUCUGGCGUAUGUUGCGGCGCAGGAAGCCCAGUGGCACCAAUUACGGGCAGAAAUACACUUGUGAAGGCAGUGCCAGUGUCUGCCUCUCCGACAGACGUUUUCUGGAUGCUGAAGGACUACUGCCAGCCGGGAACUAACCAACACCAUCCCCAGUGCUUGCGUAUCGACUCCACUCUUCGCGGCUUCAUCAACAUUCCCAAGCAUGAAGGCUUAGCCACCUUAUGGAGAGGCCUUUCUUUGACUCUUAUCAUGGCGGUCCCCUCCAACGUCAUCUACUACAGUGGGUACGAAUACUGUCGAGACCACUCUCCUUUAUACGGCCACGCGUUGAACCCGUUGUUUUGUGGGUCAAUCUCGCGGACGCUUGCGGCCACGUGCAUUUCUCCCUUGGAGUUGUUGAAAACACGAUUCCAAUCAAUCCCUAAUGAGUCUAAGGCAUCCAAGAGCAGCGAUCUUUUGAAGAGCUUGUUGCGUGACAUGCGGACCGCGGUGCAGCAAAAGGGCUUGGGUACGCUUUUUACAGGCUUAGGGUUGACCCUCUGGAGAGACGUUCCGUUCAGUGGCAUCUACUGGUUCUCCUAUGAACAUCUAAAGUCGUCUAUUGGUGAUUCCUUGAGACGCCGCACCGCUGCCAGUUCUGGCGAAAGCACUGCCCUGUAUAACGAGAACAAGAACGUGCUCAUCUCCAGUUUUCUUUCCGGGUCGAUGGCAGGCGCGGUGGCCGCACUUUUCACCAACCCAUUCGAUGUGGGUAAGACCAGAUUACAGCUCAUGUCGCAGAAGCAGCUGGCAUCGCCGGGCACCAUAGCCAGGCCUCCAGCGUCGGUAAUGACGUACAUCUUGAAAAUAUACCACAAGGAGGGGAUGCGUGCGCUCUACUCGGGUUUCACCCCUCGGGUGAUUAAGAUCGCACCUGCAUGCGCCAUUAUGAUCUCCACCUACGAGAUCGGUAAGAAAGUUUUUGAGCGUGAUGUUGUGGCCGAUGGGGUCUUUUUGGAGGAUUAA